AUGGUUCAUCUCCCACGCCUUCUUAUCGCAUCGCUCUGCGGUCACGCUGUGUUGGGCAAUAAUAUGCCUUUCGAUGCCCGAGAAGCAACCAUUGACUCGGUCCACCAUGCGCUCUACUCUGGACUCUCAACAUGUCGAGAAGUGAUAUCAUCAUUCAUUGCAAAUAUCGAAGCGAACAACAAAAGGACGAAUGCGAUCAUCUCUUUGAACCCUAAUGCUUUGGCCAUUGCCGACGAAAAAGAGGAACAGCUGUCUGCAGGCAAUGCUACUGGAUCCCUCUUUUGUAUUCCAAUACUGCUCAAGGACAAUUAUGAUACAAAAGACCUACCUACGACGGGUGGUAAUCUGGCUCUAGCCCGCUCGCAGCCCACCGAAGACGCCCCAAGCGUUGCAGCGUUCAAGAAUGCCGGAGCUAUCAUUCUGGGCAAGGCCAACUUGCAUGAGCUUGCGCUAGAAGGCAUCAGUGUGUCUUCCCUGGGUGGCCAGACUAUCAAUCCUUACGACUCAACUCGAACACCCGGUGGUAGUUCUGGUGGUACUGGUGCAGCAGUCGCCGCGUCUUUUUGUGUAUUCGGCACCGGUACAGACACUGUAAACUCGCUCCGCAGUCCAGCCUCCGCCAACUCGCUAUGUAGCAUCCGACCUACUCGUGGGCUGAUCACCAGAGCUGGUAUUAUACCUAUAUCAAAGACUCACGAUGUCAUUGGACCCAUUGGCCGUACGGUCAAAGACGUUGCCACUGCUCUCACAGUCAUGGCUUCAACAGGCUACGAUGCGGCGGAUAAUGAUACCGCACUGGUACCUGGCCCCAUUCGCGGAAUCGACUACGCCUCAUCUCUUUCUAGUGCCUCCCUCAAAGGCCUGCGCAUUGGUGUGCUCAGCGGCUUCUUCAACCGCACCGAUACGCCAGAAGUCACACCUGUCAACAACGCCAUGGACUCUGUGAUGUCGCGCCUUUCAGCCGAAGGAGUAACACUAGUCCCCAUCAACGAAACCAUAUACAAUGCGACUGCCAUUCAAGCAGCUUACGACGUUCAGCGCUUCGAAUAUCGGCAGCUCAUGGACCAAUACCUCGAGCGUCCAUCACUCGGAGGCGAGCACCCAACUACCUUAGCCGAAUUGUACUCUCGCAAAGCAGUCAAUGGUUCCGGUGGGGAGUUUCUCGUCAUACCAUCUCAAUACGAAUACGUUAAUACAGCGCUUGUCUCUUCUACGGCGAAUGCAACAUAUCUCGACCGUCAAGCCGGCAUCCGCAACCUCACACUCGCUCUCCUCAACACCUUUACAGCCAACUCGCUCGAUGCGAUCAUUUACCCCGAGCAGAAGAAUCUCGUGGUCAAGAUCGGUUCUCCUUCGCAAUCUGGUCGUAAUGGCAUCCUGGCCGCAUUGACAGGUACGCCUGUCGUCACCGUGCCUGCAGGAUUUUCGGAGCCGAGCGAUGAGGCACCGGCUGGUGUGCCGAUUGGCAUGGAGAUAUUGGGCAGGCCUUGGGAAGAGCAGAAGUUGUUGGGGGUUGGAUAUGCAGUGGAGCAGUUGUUGAGGGGUGCCAGUUAUCACGCCUGA